AUGGCUCAACGUGCAGCGAUUGUGUUCGCCAGCGUGCAGAACCAAGAACAGUAUGCAACCCAACCCCGUUCAUCCAAUGAGUCUUCAAAUGCCCUGCAUGGCAUCCUGAACAAUAAAGAUGACGAGGACAGCGAAAUGGUGUUUGAGGGAGAUGUCGUGAAAUCAGGAAGCGUGUGGAAACUGUGCUCGGGUGGAAGGCACGACUGGCAAGAGAGGACGUUGGUGGUGACAACAACGCAUCUUUAUCUUGCCAAGCAAGGAAAUAAGAGCGCACGAGAUGUAGUCCCUCUGCAUGAGAUCGUCAAUGUCAGGACAGCACUAAAGGUAGAUCAGAGUGUGUCCCUUGCGGGCGCAAAGUUAGCCAGCACGUUGGCUUUCAUGUCGACUAACUCAGAUGUGGAUGCGGCGAAUGGAAGGCAAAGCACAAGGCAAUCGGGAAACAAAGGUCUCAGCGAGGACGACUGCUUCUGGAUCACAACAUCAGAGGAGGGAAGUAAUGCAGGCAGGACCAUUGUGCUCAGAGUAGAGAAUAAGGAAAAGGCAGAAGAAUGGAUGAAUUUCAUUCGUCAGGCCUCCAAAGCUGCUGCUAGUAAGAAGGAGAGGGAGACUAAGUCGACACUCAAACUGAUACGAGACAAGUCGGCGAGAAUGUACCAUUCGAAAUUGUUUCAGGGUGUCGUGGCCUCAGUCAUCGCACUCAAUUUCAUUCUCAAUAUCGCUGAGGCUCAAGUGGUCCCAACGCCCAAUUCCUACUGGGAUAAUUUUUUCGGCAAUAUGGACAUCAUUUUCACCUCCUUCUUAGCUUUCGAGUUGUUGUGGAACAUAGCGAUCCACUUCUUCUGGCAGUUUGUGACGGACGGAUGGAACAUUUUUGACUUUGUUCGAUUAUUCCGCAAACUCACGUCUCUGAGGAUCCUCUUCAAUGCCAUCAUCGGAUCGUUGAUCCCUGUCCUCAACUCUGUCCUUGUCCUCGUUGUAGUGAUCGUCAUGUAUGCCAUCUUAGCCGUUGAACUCUACGGGACCCGAGCUCAAGAGUUUUCGAACCUUCACGAGUCGAUGUUCUCCAUGUAUCAGGUCGCAACGGGGGAUAGCUGGGCAUCGAUGCUUGCCAGAUCUCUCUUCUACGUUUGUGUCCAGAACGGCAAGGAGGUCGGCACGCCGAACCCACCUGGCGACCCGGCAGGCGUAUGCGAUGUGGGACAGAACGAGUUCGAUGGGAAGGUCAUGAUCUUCUUUACGUCGUACUCGAUAAUCACGGGGAUGGUCUUGUUGAACGUCGUCGUUGCCGUGCUGCUCGACAACUUCACCAGAUCUGUUGCACAGGAGGAUCAGGCAAGUAGAGCGAUUAUCGCCUUGCUCAUCACACGGUUCUCUGAAUUGCGAAUGACCAUCUCCCCUCAGAUUGUCAAGAACGAGAAGGCUGAGAAGCAAGGAUCUCGCAUGCACAGUGCUUCAGAGUUCUGCCUGGACGUGAUCAUGGAUCAGCUGGCAGCCUUCGAGAGCUUAGAGCAUUUGCAUGACAUGACGCUUGCGUUGUUCAAGGCUGUGAACCUGGACGAGAAGCCAGCGCUUAGCUUCGACGAUCUGCAACUGGGCUUGAAGCUCGAGCACUACACAAACCGGAUGAUCACCAAGGCCCUGAUGGAGGUCGACGAUCCUGACUCAGAGAAGGCGGUGACCCUGACAGCGCUGAAGCUCCUCCUCUCCAAGAACUCUGCGGUGAUGGCGAAGGGGAAGCGAGGUACGGUCUUGACGAGGUCGAACGGAGAUCGGCGCAGCUCUAGCGGCAGUCCUGGCCAUGGGUCGAACCAGCUCAAGGGGGAGGAGGAGGAGAGUCACAAGGAGGGCGAGGGGAACGGCAUCGUCAUUGGCAACCGAGCUCCCCUCGUGUCGGUCAAGGCGGAGAACCGAAUAGGCGCGCUCUCGCCCAGGAGGGAGGCCAACGAACCGCAGUCGGACAUCGAGCCCUCCUACAUCAUCUUCUGA